AUGCGCGUGGUGCUGCGAAAGCGCCAGGGUGCUGCACCCGGCGAGGAGUCGCAGCAGCAGCAGCAGCAGCAGCAACCAUUUUCGACUGUGUCAACGGCACCCCCAUUAUCACGAUCGUGCUGGCAGUUUCCAGCUGCCUGCGGCCCCCCCCGCCGCUGCGUUGUCGCGGACAGCCCAGUACCCUGUCUGAACUGGCCCGUGCUGUGCCUCGCAGGGGGCACCGCCCUCCGAGAGAGCCACGGCCGUGCCCGCCACGCCGCCGGCGGGCUCGCGCCGAGCGCACGCCCCGCGACCUGCCGAGGGCACCGGGUGGCGGGCUGCACGGGCCGCUCGGCGCACCCGGCCUCUGGCCGCGAGGUGCUGGUCCGGUACACGCGCGGAGACGACGUGCAGACUGGCAGGGACCAGCACACCGAGAGGACUGAGAUGCUGAGCUUGACCAUGAGCUCUACAGAGGAGACGUUGCUUGAUGACAAGGUUCUCUUGGCUCAGUGGUGUGCUGAAUGUGUGCGGGCCUCCUUGGAGCCGCCAGCCAACGUUGUAGAAGUCUACGGACUGCAACAGGCCUCCAAGGAUUGGACCCCUGAGUGGCAAUUGGAACGCACGCGCUUAUUGAAAGAUAGUGGGGCAGUCGGCGAUCGGUUCUAUCUGGAACGUAGCGUUGCAAAAGAAAUCCUCAUUGAUGCAACUUUGUGGUCAACGACAGGUCUUCGAAUUUACCUCAUCCUGGGCCCCCCUGGUGUAGGCAAAAGUGAAUUCAUCGUUUGGUUAGCCGGGCAGUUGCGCUUGCCCGUCUACAGGAUCAGCUUACACAGUCCCAAGCUUACAGAUGAUAUGCUUGCGCAAGUCUUUUCUCACAGCUGGCUCAAGCACGAUGCGGCAGUUGUCCAGCUUGAUGAAUUUCAGGGUGCCUUGGGACGCUGGACAGCAAGCAGUAAGGACAACGACAGGCGCCACCAGGGUAUCUCGGCUGAAGGUCUCUGCGAAGUGCUCCAGGGUGCCACAACCUUGUCGCGGGGUGUUGUUAUUCUGUCUGGCACAGAGGAAUUAAGUGAUGAUGCGUACCGCCAGCAGUUCAGAGCAUUAUAUCGCCGCUUCAAUCGUACGAUCACCAUCAGUUGGCUUUCCGAGGAUGAUAUUCGAAAGUACUUCCGUGAGUUCUUACGGAAAUUCGCGACGCUGCACAUUGAGGAAUGGGCAUGUUGGGAAGACAGGUUUGUGAAACAGCCAGAUAGCCCAUGGGUAUCUCGUCCAGUUUCUGUUGACAUGAUUAAGCAGUUCCUUACUCGCCAAGUCACGGAGGCCGCUGUGGCUAAUGUAAUCGUCAAGACAACUCGACCCGCAGCGAGUGGUUUGAAUAUCGCUGUUGCAGCAAUCAACGAGGAUGACGUCACUUUCAAUGUCCACCCUGGCAUGGCCGAACAACUGUGUAAUUUAGUCUGCGAUUAUGAGGCUGCGACAGCCUUCUUGCACGAGUAUGCGCCAGUUUGGUAG